AUGGGGCAGCUCCCCGGGCUGGCGACAGGGAUCUUGGCGGUCGGAGCCACGCGAAACAUUCACUUGCGCGAUCGCGUCUCAUUGCAUGCGACAGAAGCCUUGCUGUUGACGACAUCACUCCUUGGACUCGACGCUGCUACCGCCCCCUCUUCUCCACCAAAAAGUGUUUUUUUUCUCUCUCCCUCUCUACGCAAAGACAUUACACCUGGUGAUCUAGACACCGCGACAAAAUGGUUUGUUUUCUCGGGUGCAUUUCCAACUCUCGUGCGCAAUGCUAACGACCACGGACAGGGCAAACGCAAAUCAUCCAGCAAGCCUCAGGGUCCCAAGAGGAAGGAGAAGCUCCCCACAACCUUCCAGUGCCUCUUUUGCAACCACGAGAACUCCGUCAGCGUAUCCAUCGAAAAGAAGUCGGGCGUCGGCAAUCUGCAGUGCAAAGUCUGCGGCCAGACCUUCCAGACCAACAUCAACUACCUGAGCGCCCCCGUUGACGUCUACGCCGAUUGGAUCGAUGCAUGCGAUGCUGUUGCGAAGCAGGCAGCAAAGGGCAAUGCAGAGGUCUCGCGGAGUUCGCAUCGCAUGGGACGGAUGCCCACAGCACAUAACCAGGAAGAUGACGAUGGCGAUGGCGGCUUCAUUGAGCACGACGAUGCAGAUGCCGAGGGCGAGUACGCCGACUAG